CUGGCAACAUAAAACCAACCCAACCCCCUCUCUAAAUCAUCUUUCUUCACUCCACUCAUCUUGCUCUGUAAAAAUGGAGAAACCCAAACCCUCCGCAACGACGAAAAUUAUGGCAACACUUUUCUUCACUCUCCUCUUAAUCUCCUCUGCUCACGCUUUCUACCUUCCCGGUGUCGCCCCUCGUGAUUUUCAACGAAGGGAUCCACUUAUUGUGAAAGUGAACAAGUUGUCUUCUACAAAGACACAACUGCCAUAUGACUACUACUUCUUGAAAUACUGUAAGCCCAAGAAAAUUGUGAACAGUGCAGAAAAUUUGGGGGAGGUUCUUCGUGGUGACAGGAUUGAAAAUUCUGUAUAUCAAUUUGAAAUGAGGGAGGAUUUGCCCUGCAAAGUAGCCUGUCGAAUCAAACUGAAUGCUGAAGCCACAAAAAAUUUUAAGGAAAAGAUUGAUGAUGAAUAUCGGGUCAAUAUGAUUCUUGACAACCUUCCAGUUGCAGUUCGUAGACAAAGGAGAGAUGGAAGUCAGUCUACAACAUAUGAGCAUGGUUUUCGUGUUGGGUUUAAAGGAAACUAUCAAGGGAGCAAAGAGGAGAAAUAUUUUAUCAAUAACCAUUUGAGCUUCAGAGUCAUGUAUCACAAGGAUCUUGAGUCUGAUUCUGCACGAAUUGUUGGGUUUGAAGUUACUCCAAACAGUAUCAAUCAUGAAUAUAAGGAGUGGGAUGAGAAGAAUCCUCAGUUGAGUACAUGUAAUAAAGACACCAAAAAUUUAGUUCAAGGUACUGCUGUUCCACAAGAAGUUGACAAAGAUAAGGAAGUUGUGUUCACAUAUGAUGUUACCUUUAAGGAGAGUGAUAUCAAAUGGGCAUCUCGCUGGGAUACAUACCUCCUCAUGAAUGAUGAUCAGAUCCACUGGUUCUCCAUCAUAAACUCGCUGAUGAUUGUCUUAUUCCUUUCUGGUAUGGUGGCCAUGAUCAUGAUGAGAACUCUGUACAGAGAUAUUGCGAACUAUAAUCAGUUGGAAACCCAAGAUGAGGCUCAGGAAGAAACAGGAUGGAAACUAGUUCAUGGAGAUGUCUUCAGGGCACCAGUCAAUGCUGGUUUACUUUGUGUGUACAUUGGUACAGGAAUCCAGAUCUUUGGGAUGACACUGGUAACAAUGAUUUUUGCAUUGCUGGGAUUCCUAUCUCCAUCCAACAGAGGAGGACUUAUGACUGCUAUGGUUCUCUUGUGGGUUUUCAUGGGCCUAUUUGCUGGUUACUCAUCAUCACGUUUGUACAAAAUGUUCAAGGGCACAGAGUGGAAGAGAAAUACCUUGAAAACUGCCUUUAUGUUCCCGGGUAUUCUUUUUGGCAUCUUCUUCGUACUAAAUGCUUUAAUUUGGGGAGAGCAAUCUUCUGGUGCAGUACCAUUUGGAACGAUGUUCGCUCUCGUUUUCUUAUGGUUUGGUAUAUCAGUUCCCUUGGCCUUUGUGGGUAGUUACUUAGGCUUCAAGAAGCCAGCUAUUGAAGAUCCGGUUAAGACAAACAAGAUACCUAGGCAGAUACCAGAGCAGGCAUGGUACAUGAAACCUGUGUUCUCCAUACUAAUCGGAGGCAUUCUUCCAUUUGGGGCUGUCUUCAUUGAGCUAUUCUUCAUCUUGACAUCAAUAUGGCUGAACCAGUUCUAUUACAUCUUUGGCUUCCUUUUCAUAGUGUUUGUCAUCCUAUUGAUCACUUGCGCUGAGAUUACCAUUGUGCUCUGCUACUUCCAGUUGUGCAGCGAAGACUACCACUGGUGGUGGAGAUCUUACCUGACUGCCGGCUCCUCAGCUCUGUACCUUUUCCUCUACUCAAUUUUCUACUUCUUCACCAAGUUGGAAAUCACAAAGUUUGUUUCUGGCGUCCUUUACUUUGGGUACAUGAUAAUUGUCUCAUAUGCUUUCUUCGUCCUGACUGGGACGAUUGGCUUCUACGCCUGCUUCUGGUUUGUAAGGAAAAUCUAUUCCUCUGUGAAAAUUGACUGAUCCAAAAAUUGCAGAGAAAGCAUGAGCUCUGCCAUGAAACUUUAGAUGAAAAUAGAUGAACCGAACGAGUUGGACUGUUUUGACUGUAUCUGCAGAAAUACACUAUGGGAGUUUGUUUCCCGUUCUUGUCAAAACUCUUUUAUUUUGGGGUAGGAUAGCACUGAGUUUGUUGUCUUGUUUACAAAUAUGAAAAUUAUGAACUUUUGUACUUCUAUUAGUUUCUAUUCAAGAAGUUGAGCUGUGAGUUAGUUGCCUUGUUAUUAUAGUACUAAUCAAUAUAUCAACAUUCACUAUCA